AUGGUGGUCAGAGGGCGGAAAGUGAGAGUAGUUUUCCAGUUGGUUGAGAAUUGGGUGGAGAAGAUACUGAUAGGAACUAAUGCUUUUGAGAGCAUUGGCGUUGAGUUGAAAUGGAAAGAUCCAUAUGGUUUGGUGAAUGCCGAAGAGAACUCGGCAGAAGUACAGUUCAUUGGAGGUGAGAAGAAACUGGAGAGACCAGGAGAGAAACUUCGGAGGGUUCCGACGGAGGUAUCAGAGAUACAGUGCAAGAGCGUGGCCGUGCGUGGAGAGAGGGGGAGAAGUGCAAGCACGGGUGACGUGGGAGAGGUGUUCAAGUCGGAAGGGGAGAAGGAAAGAAAGAAGGUGAAGAUUCGGGCGAGUGUUGCGGUCAUCGGACCUAGAUUGGAGGCGAGGGGGCCAGGUGUUCUCGAGUAUCGUAAUAAGACGAUAACGGGGUGGACUCAGAAGUUCGAUUGGGGAGAAGUGAAGGAGGCAGUGGUGCUUGUUGAGUACACUGAUAAGGAGGAUGAGAACAGCAAGAGAGCUGAGUUCGUAAAAUCCGUUGCGAAGGAAGUGGAGAAAGUCUGGAUGAUGCCGAGAAGCCUACAAUGUGAAUUCGGGGACGUCGACAAUGUGGCCAAACAGUGGAAAGAAUGGUUGAAGACAUCAGCGAACGUGGAAGUUGUGGAUCCGUUGAUGCCCGUCGGAAAUCACAAGACACCGUUGAUCUUGGAGAAAUGGCAUCGGAAGUCGCUGGAUGGUCUACAGAAGUACUUGCACAAUGCGUUGCCGAGCCAUUCAGUCAGAUGUCAGUGGGAGAAGAACGUAGACAGUAGACCACAAUCUGGAUUGAAGAGAGACCUCGGAAAAGGAUGCCCGAUCGCCGAGAGGAGGGGGAAGUGGCUUCGCCGAAGUUCUACAUUCUCGAAACCCAUUGGAAGAGAAAAAACAAAAGGAGAAAAGUCACGUGGAAUCUGGACGACCCAAGCCACGUCAAAGGCUGAUGUGAAAUUGAACUUUCCUUAA